GUAAAUGAAAGUGAGAAUCCAAAGGCCAUCAGAGGGAAGAUCGAUCAGUCAUCGCCGCGGUUGAUAGAAGAAAAUUUUAUAGAGAAGAUGGGGAAGACAAUUCAAGUGUUUGGAUUCCCGAAUGGUGUGAGCGCAGAGGAAGUUAAGAAAUUUCUUGAAAGACUCACUGGUUCAGGCACUGUUUACGCAAUCAAAGUUAGACAACCAAAGAAAGGUGGUCCAAGAGUCUUUGCCAUUGUUCAAUUCACAAAUGAGAGAUAUGCGAGUCAGAUCAUCAUGGGUGCCGCAGAACGUCGUCUUUAUUAUGGGAGAUCUUAUCUCAAUGCUUUUGAAGUGGAACAAGACAUUGUUCCAAAGCCAAGAGCUUCAUUGCACAACAUCUCUGGUUUAAAGAUGUAUUUUGGAUGUCAAGUCUCAACUCAGAAGCUUUUAACUCUCUGGAGUGCUCAAGAUGUUUCUGUCUCCUUUGGAAUUGGGAUGAGGAAACUGCAUUUUUCCUUUUCUUGGUAUCAAAAGGACUAUCGUCUUGAGCUUUCGUAUGAGAAUAUAUGGCAGAUCGAUUUGCAUUCCCCGCAAGGACGGUCGUCGAAGUUUCUCGUGAUUCAGGUGAUUGGUGCUCCUAAAAUCUUUGAGAAAGAGGAUCAACCUAUCAAUCUUUUGUUUGGAAUGAUGGAUUUUUACAGUGAUGGGUCUGAUGAGCAAUGGAUUAGAACUACAGAUUUCACUUCAUCUUCUUGUAUCGGUCAAUCAACAGCCUUCUGUUUAGAGCUUCCUGUUCAUCUUAAUGUUCCUGAUUUCAGAGAGAAUUUUGCCAACUAUGCAGAGCACAGAGCCAGCCCUUUUCUCAUUGAAUCCGGUUCUAGCUAUUCAUCUAAUGCGAACAAGCUCGUUCCGGUUGUUGAUCCUCCUCCAGGGUUUGAUUUGCCUUUUGAGAUCUUGUUUAAACUUAAUACAUUGGUGCAGAACGCGUGUCUCCCCGGGCCAGCUCUUGAUCUUGAUGUUUAUCAGUUGCUUAAUCCCAAAAAAAUUGACAGAGCUCUCAUAGAUCACUGUCUUGAAAAACUCUUUUACCUUGGGGAAUCUUGCUAUGAGCCUGCUCGUUGGCUUCGCAAACAGUACAAGGAGUUGAGCUCGAAAGGAAAGCUUCCACUGUCUCCUACGAUAUCUCUUGAUGAUGGACUUGUUUAUAUGUAUCGCGUUCAAGUUACACCAGCAAGAGUCUAUUUCUCUGGACCAGAGGUGAAUGUUUCGAAUCGCGUGCUUCGACAUUACUCCAAGUAUAUCAACAACUUCCUCAGGGUAUCAUUUGUUGAUGAAGAUCUUGAAAAAGUUCGUUCCAUGGAUCUGUCUCCACGCUCUUCUACUCAAAGAAGAACCAAGUUAUACGACAGGAUAUACUCUGUCCUUCGCGAUGGGAUUGUCAUAGGCGAUAAGAAGUUUGAGUUUCUCGCCUUUUCUUCCAGCCAGUUGCGGGAGAACUCUGCUUGGAUGUUUGCACCGAUAGACGGGCUAACAUCAGCACAUAUCAGAGCUUGGAUGGGUGAUUUUGACCAUAUAAGAAAUGUAGCAAAAUAUGCUGCAAGGCUUGGUCAAUCUUUUAGCUCGUCAAGAGAGACACUCAAUGUUAGGAGUGAUGAGAUCGAAGAGAUUCCUGAUGUUGAGAUUAUAUCUUUAGGGACACGCUAUGUGUUUUCUGAUGGAAUAGGAAAGAUCUCAGCUGAAUUUGCUAGACGGGUGGCUAAGAAAUGUGGCCUCACAGAGUUUUCUCCAUCUGCUUUUCAAAUCCGUUAUGGCGGUUAUAAAGGAGUGGUGGCUGUUGAUCCAAACUCAUCAAAGAAACUGUCUCUGAGGAAGAGUAUGAGCAAAUUCGAGUCGGAGAACACGAAGCUUGAUGUUUUGGCAUGGAGCAAGUACCAACCUUGUUAUAUGAACAGACAACUGAUUACACUUUUGUCUACUCUCGGAGUUAAAGACAGUGUAUUUGAGAAGAAACAAAGGGAAGUUGUGGAUCGGCUCGACGCAAUCUUAACUGAUCCUUUGGAGGCUCACGAGGCUCUUGGUUUAAUGGCUCCAGGGGAGAACACAAAUAUUCUCAAGGCAUUGAUCUUGUGUGGCUAUAAACCUGACGCCGAACCUUUCCUUUCAAUGAUGCUUCAGAAUUUCAGGGCAUCUAAGUUGUUGGAACUACGGACAAAAACAAGGAUUUUCAUUUCUGGUGGAAGAUCUAUGAUGGGAUGCCUAGAUGAGACCAGAACAUUGGAGUACGGUCAGGUAGUAGUGCAGUAUUCAGAUCCCAUGAGGCCGGGAAGGCGAUUCAUCAUCACCGGACCUGUUGUUGUUGCGAAAAACCCUUGCUUGCAUCCUGGUGACGUGCGUGUUCUUGAAGCUGUCAAUGUCCCAGCUUUGAAUCACAUGGUGGACUGCGUUGUAUUCCCACAAAAAGGCUUGAGGCCUCACCCAAACGAAUGUUCUGGGAGUGAUUUAGAUGGAGAUAUAUACUUUGUAUGUUGGGAUCAAGAGUUGAUUCCACCAAGAACGUCUGACCCAAUGGACUACACUCCUGAACCAGCUCAAAUCUUGGAUCAUGAUGUCACAAUUGAGGAAGUUGAAGAGUACUUCGCGAACUACAUUGUGAAUGAUAGUUUAGGUAUCAUCGCGAAUGCUCAUACCGCCUUUGCGGAUAAGGAACCACUCAAGGCGUUUAGUGACCCAUGCAUUGAGCUUGCAAGGAAGUUUUCAGUUGCGGUAGAUUUCCCAAAAACUGGUGUUGCCGCUGAGAUACCGCAACAUCUUCACGUGAAAGAGUAUCCUGAUUUCAUGGAGAAACCGGAUAAGCCAACAUAUGAGUCGAAGAACGUGAUCGGUAAGCUUUUUAGAGAGGUAAAAGAGCGAGCUCCACCGUUGAUAUCGAUCAAAUCAUUCACUCUUGAUGUGGCCUCAAAGUCUUAUGAUAAAGACAUGGAAGUUGACGGAUUUGAGGAGUAUGUUGAUGAAGCUUUCCACCUCAAGGCGAAUUAUGAUUUCAAGUUAGGUAAUUUGAUGGAUUACUAUGGGAUUAAGACUGAGGCUGAGAUACUUAGUGGUGGUAUCAUGAGGAUGUCAAAGUCAUUCACCAAGAGACGAGAUGCAGAGUCGAUUGGAAGAGCGGUUCGGGCGUUGAGGAAAGAAACUUUGUCAUUGUUCAAUGCUUCUGAAGAAGAAAAUGAGUCAGCAAAGGCUUCGGCUUGGUAUCAUGUAACGUACCACUCAAGUUACUGGGGACUUUAUAAUGAGGGUUUGAAUCGUGACCAUUUCUUAAGCUUUGCGUGGUGCGUUUAUGAUAAGCUUGUGAGGAUCAAGAAGACCAAUGCUGGGAGGCGUCAGAGGCAGGAGACGCUCGAGCGGUUAGGCCAUGUUCUGCGUUUGAGUUGAUUUUUUAUUUUUAUUGUUUUGGUUAUGACUUGUGAGUUAUGUAACAUAAAUGUUUGGUUUUAAGUGAAAUCAGAAGUUUCUACUUUCUAUGUAAUUCAAUUCGGUUUGACCGAAUUAACGCUAAAAUUCAUU